AUGAGCUGAGCCGCUGAGGAAGAAGAAAAGAGACUAGGUAGCUAGCUAGGGUUUUUCGGCGUCCAAAAUCCAACUCCGGCGACAAAGAAAGGAAGAGGUAGGCGGCGGCGGCGGAUGGCAUCCGGAGGCCCGGCGCUCGAGUCGCUCGUCGACCAGGUGAUCUCCGUCAUCACCAACGAUGGCCGCAACAUCGUGGGAACGUUGAGAGGAUUCGAUCAGGCCACCAACAUUAUCCUCGACGAGUCCCAUGAGAGGGUCUAUUCUACCAAGGAGGGAGUUCAACAGCUUGUUCUUGGUUUGUACAUUAUCAGGGGUGACAACAUAAGUGUGGUGGGUGAGGUGGAUGAAGACCUGGAUGCAAGGUUGGACCUGUCAAAGCUAAGAGCGCAUCCACUGAAGCCCGUCAUUCACUGACCGCCGCGAGAUGGAAUGUGGUUAUUUUCGAUAGUGCACUGGACAUUUAGUCUCCUGAUUGUUGAAUUUCAGGAUGUGUAGCGUCAUGGGUGAGGAGGUGAGUGGACAUGAACAUGACCAUGUAAUGCGGUUAUCUUGCACAUUGCGGAUGAGUGAUAUGUGUUGAGUUGCACGCACCAAA